AUGUCAUACUCAUAUCUGGCCGAUUCAACUUACGGAAAGGACAAUGUCAAGUUCUUGAAAGUCAAGAAAGACAAGCAGAACAAAAAGCUGCAUGAAGUCAUGGAAGCGACCGUGUGUGUUUUACUAAAAGGUGAUUUCGACGUUUCCUACACUGAAGCUGACAACGCGCCAAUUGUUCCAACCGACACAGUCAAAAAUACGAUCCUGAUCCUAGCGAAAAAAUACGAUACUUUCCCUCUAGAGAAAUUCGCCGCGAAAUUGGCCCUUCACUUCACCUCCAAAUAUGAUCAUGUCUCGGGAUUGACCGUCAAGAUCACUCAAGACCGUUGGGUUAAGUACGAUGUCGAUGGGAAGGUUUCUCAGCACUCCUUUGUGUAUCAGGGACCUGAGAAGAAGAUUGUUUUCUUAGACUACGACAAGAAGAAUGGGCCCAAUAAUUAUGCCUUGUCUACCUCGAUUAAGGAUCUUACCGUGUUGAAGUCGACUAACUCUAUGUUUUACGGCUACAACGUGUGCGAAUACACGACAUUGAAACCAACGACCGAUCGUAUCCUGUCGACCGAUAUUUUUGCGACCAUGGAUUGGUGUCCCGAAAAACUGGGCUGUCUGAACAGUGUGGCAUCUGGUUCAAAGGAUGCUAUUUUCGAUAAGGCUUAUUUCAAUGCGCGCGAUAUCACCCUUGACAUUUUUGCUAAGGAAAACUCCCCAUCCGUGCAGGCCACGAUGUUCAACAUGGCAACUGCCAUUUUGAAAGAGGCUCCUCAGGUCAGUUACGUUUCUUAUGAACUACCAAACAAGCACUACUUUUUGUUCGAUUUGAAAUGGUUCGAAGGGUUGGAGAAUGACAACGAACUCUUUUACCCCUCGCCACACCCCAACGGUUUGAUUAGGUGUAAAGUCGGUCGCAACCAGGCCAAACUUUAG